CGCCCAGCGCCCACCCUCUUCCUCCUCCACAGCUCCCUCCCUUUUGCUACUCACCUUCCACUCAUCUCAUCUUAGGAUCACUCAACAUCACCUGGAGUGAGAUCACACUCCUGACCACAGAUAUUUCUGUAUCAUUAGAACUCUAUUAUUUUGAUCACAAUCCUGACUCUGUCUCUUCACCACCUUCAUUCACAUCACAGGGAUUUUAACUGUGUCACCGGAUUGUUCAUGCAGUAGUCUUUUGGAAUCAAGUUGGUUGGACCGGACCGCUGGACCCCACGUGAACCUCAUGCAGUGGAGAUUAUCCUGCAGCGAUGUCAUCUCAUCUCUCCUCCCGCAACGCAAAGGAUCAGCCACGCACAAGAAAGUCAUCCACUGAUUCGUCUCCCGCUAAACCCUCGCCGACCUCCAGAAGCCUCAAACAUGAAAGAGUGUCCAGACUGGACUCGUCUGGUGCUUACGACCGAGAGGCCUAUGACGCUCGAAGGGAAAACAGAAUGGCAGCGCGGAAAAAAGCAGAGGAGGAGGCAGGGUGCACUGACUAUAAGAAGAUGUACGAGGAGGCCUUGUCUACCAAUGAGAGACUCAAGUCCAGGCUGCAGGGCAGCAAACAGGAGCUGGUAUUGGUGCAGACUCAGCUGGAGAGAGUGACACAGAGAAAGAUAACCAUGACUGAAAGGUCCAAUGAAAGGUCCAUGCUUGAGACAGAAAAACGGGAAACGCGUGUCCUGCAGAAGAAGAUAUCAGACAUGGAAGAUGAAGUGAAGGUAUCUGUCCAGUUGCAAUAAUGGUCCAGACAGAGCUGAAGAAUGAGAACCAGAGACUGAAGGACGAGAACGGAGCCUUAAUCCGGGUCAUCAGUAAACUGUCUAAGUGAGAAGAGGAGGAAAAGGAAGAGAGCAGGGGAUGAUACAGCUUUAUUUCCCAUGUUUACACCCACUUCUCCAACCCCACCACCCCCACCAACACCCCCACCAACACCAGUAGUCUUCACACGCAGUUUGCAUAUUUGCACAUUUUUUGUAUUCAUUUAUGGAUUGUUAUAAUGCAUAAUUAUAUAAUCACAGCACAUAAUAAUACCGUAUGAAUGUCUGCAAAUGUUUAAUCUAUAAGCUGAUGUAACAGGUUAUAUAUUAUCACGUUGUGUAUCACUAUGUGACAUUUGAAAUGUUUUUGUUUUGUUUUUUUGUUUACUCCAUCACAUGAACAGUCUCCUACGCCUUGUACAAGUUAUUUAUAAAGAUUUUCUAUGCUGCAA